ACUCGUCCUUCUCCUCUCGGUCUCUAGGGUUUGGGAUUUUAGCCGCCGCCGCCGCCGCCGCCGCUCACCCGCGCCUUCGACGAGCUCCAGCCCGUAGACCUCGCCGGAUCUCCCCGAUGGCCGUGACCUUCACCGACCUCCACACCGCCGACGGGCUCAAAGCCCUCGAGCAGCACCUCUCCGGCAAGACCUACGUCUCCGGAAACGCGAUCAGCAAGGACGACAUCAAGGUGUUCGCCGCCGUGCCAUCAAAGCCUGGAGCUGAGUUCCCGAACGCUGCUCGCUGGUAUGAUACCGUCGCUGCGGCCCUCGCUUCAAGGUUCCCUGGCAAGGCAGUUGGAGUGAAUCUGCCUGGAGGAGGUGCGGCAUCGUCUGCUGCAGCGGCUGCGCCAGCUGCUAAGGAUGCUGAUGAAGAUGAUGAUGACCUGGAUCUUUUUGGUGAUGAGACCGAGGAAGACAAGAAAGCAGCAGAUGAGCGUGCAGCUUCCAAGGCCUCUUCAAAGAAGAAAGAAAGCGGAAAAUCAUCUGUCCUGUUGGAUGUCAAACCAUGGGACGACGAGACUGAUAUGAAGAAGUUGGAGGAGGCUGUCCGCAGUGUGCAGAUGGAGGGUCUCACCUGGGGAGCAUCAAAGCUUGUGCCUGUGGGUUACGGGAUCAAGAAGUUGCAGAUCAUGUUGACCAUUGUUGAUGACUUGGUGUCUGUGGAUAGCCUUAUCGAAGAACAUCUGACUGAAGAGCCGAUCAACGAAUUUGUCCAGAGCUGCGACAUCGUUGCGUUCAACAAGAUUUAAAAUAUCAAAAGGGGAUGUUGCUACUUAUCCAAAAACUGGGACUGGGACUGGUUGUUCUGGAAGCAUUUUUCAUCCCAUCUUAUUAUCCUUCACAGAAAUGCUAGUUUGAGUUUAUUUUUGAGUGAUGCCUGUCAUUAGUGCCUCUUAUCUUUAAGUAGUUGAACUGCAGAGCGGCUUGUAAUGGCGAAACAUAUGCUAUGUCAAAGUACAUCCGUCCAUUUUUACUGUGCAAGUUUUGAUGAGUAUGCGUUUCGUUGAGUAA